UGUUUUUUUUUAUGGCAAAACACAUGAUUGAUUGUAUAAACAAAAGGGACUAAAAACAUAAAACACCAUGUAACCUCAAUGUAACACAUAGAAGAAGAAACCACGAAUAAAUCUUUACAGAUAACUAAUUAAAUGCUAUUAAAUAUAUAAUUUGUAGUUUUAUCAACUGGGUCUGUGAUCUUUAUCAAACUAUAUAUAACUCUGUUUCACAGUUGAAGUGAUACUACAAUCAAAAUCACAGGCACAAAGAUUAAUUCAUGAAAACAAUUUCUUCUCUUUCCCGCCAAUUUUCAACUGCUAAACAGACAAAACCCUUUUCUUUAACAACCCAAAAACCUCAACUUUCCCCAAAAUUCACAGCCCUAACAGAAGACUUGUGUAAUAAAAUUUUGGACGUAAACCCAGAUGCCAAAACACUUAAAAAGCUCCAUUCCAAGAUUUUAAUUGACCAAAACCUUCACCCAAACCCUUCACUUGGCAUCAAAUUAAUGAGGGCUUAUGCCGCUUGUGGUGAACCAUUUUACACACGCCACAUAUUUGAUGAAAUUACUGACAAAAAUGUUGUGUUCUUUAAUGUCAUGAUUAGAAGCUAUGUUAACAAUGGUUUAUACCAAGAUGCUUUACUUGUUUUCAAAACCAUGGCUAAUCAGGGGUUUUAUCCUGAUAAUUAUACUUAUCCUUGUGUGUUAAAGGCGUGUUCGGUGUCUGGGAAUUUGUGGGUUGGCUUGCAAAUUCAUGGUGCUGUUGUGAAACUUGGGCUUGAUAUGAAUCUUUAUAUUGGGAAUGGGUUAGUUUCCAUGUAUGGGAAAUGUAAGUGGUUGGAUGCGGCAAGGCGAGUUCUUGAUGAGAUGCCAGGGAGGGAUAUGGUUUCUUGGAAUUCGAUGGUUGCUGGGUAUGCACAAAAUGGGAGGUUUAAUGAUGCAUUGAAACUUUGUAGGGAAAUGGAGGAUUUGAAGCUAGAACCUGAUGCUGGCACAAUGGGAAGUCUCUUGCCAGCUGUGACGAACACAUCUUGUGAUAAUGUUUUGUAUGUUAAGGACAUGUUUGUGAAGCUGAAAGAAAAGAGUUUGAUUUCUUGGAACGUGAUGAUAGCAGUGUAUGUGAAUAAUGCAAUGCCUAAUGAAGCAGUGGACUUGUAUUUGCAGAUGCAAGUGCAUGGGGUUGAACCCGAUGCUGUCUCUAUUUCUAGUGUGCUUCCUGCUUGUGGGGACCUUUCAGCUGCGGUGUUAGGAAGACGAAUCCAUGAAUAUGUUGAAAGGAAGAAGCUUCGGCCGAAUUUAUUAUUGGAGAAUGCAUUAAUUGAUAUGUAUGCAAAAUGUGGAUGCUUAAAGGAAGCAAGGGCAGUAUUUGAUCAAAUGAUGUUUCGGGAUGUUGUGUCAUGGACUUCUAUGAUCUCUGCUUAUGGCAUGAGUGGCCAAGGUAAGGAUGCUGUGGCUCUCUUUAAAAAGAUGAGGGACUCAGGUUUUACUCCAGAUUGGAUUGCUUUUGUUUCUGUUCUAGCAGCCUGCAGUCACGCAGGAUUGGUUGACGAGGGGAGGUAUUGCUUUAAUCUAAUGGCUGAAUAUGGGAUAACUCCAGGGAUAGAACACUAUAAUUGCAUGGUAGAUCUAUUGGGACGUGCUGGGAAAAUAGACGAGGCCUAUCAUUUGACCAGAAAGAUGCCAAUGGAGCCUAACGAAAGAGUUUGGGGGUCUCUGUUGAGUGCUUGUCGGGUUUACUCUAACAUGAAUAUUGCACUUUUGGCUGCUGACCACCUGUUCCAGUUAGCUCCUAAACAGUCAGGGUAUUAUGUGUUGCUAUCCAACAUAUAUGCAAAGGCUGGAAGAUGGCAAGAUGUGGAAACGGUUAGGUCAAUCAUGAACAGCAAGGGAGUCAAAAAAAUUCCAGGCAAUAGCAAUGUUGAGAUCAACGAUCAUGUUUACACCUUUCUUGCUGGUGACCAGUCUCAUACUCAAUCAAAGGAGAUCUACAAGGCGUUAGGUGUAUUAGUUGGAAGAAUGAAAGAAUUAGGUUACAUGCCUGAAACUGAUUCUGCUCUUCACGAUGUGGAAGAGGAGGACAAAGAAUGCCAUCUAGCAGUUCAUAGUGAGAAGCUGGCAAUUGUGUUUGCCAUUCUGAAUACAAAGCCUGGAAGCACAAUCAGAAUUACCAAGAAUAUUCGUGUUUGUGGGGAUUGCCAUGUUGCUACCAAGCUUAUAUCCAAGAUCGCUGAACGAGAGAUCAUCAUUAGAGAUACUCAUCGUUUUCACCAUUUUCGUGAUGGGGUUUGCUCCUGUGGGGACUAUUGGUAACUGAUGUUGAGCAUUGUGAGUCAGAAACAUAAUCUGACAUGAUCAAGGACAGUUCUGAAUUCUGAUUAUAAUCAUCUAUCUUAGAUUAUGUCUCGGAUUAGGAUUAUUUUUAUUAGCGUUGCAAUUCUAAGGCUACGAAUAGAAGGUGUAUUGAGCAUUUAUCAAGCAAUAAGAAAUAUAAAAUAUCUAACACCUUUAAACU